AAACGGACCCGGGUCGGGUCUAAAAUACCCGCACCGGCCAAGUUAAUAUAUGUUUCUCAUUCGGCCCAAAACGACGUUAACAUUUGACGUUUUGUUUCCUCAUCAAUCGUUGGUCACCACCAUUUCAAGGUCCCUGUGUUUGACCUUUCGUUUGACAUUUUGUUCUUCAUGAAGGAAUCGAAUUCAUAUCUUCUCUUCUAAGCUUGGCGUGUGUCGUCAAUGACUCGCACUCAUUCGGACUUUAUUUAAUUUGCAUUGGUAUUGGUCUAUUGGAAAGACAAAUGGCGUUGCAGAGAAGAUAUGUCACUGCUAGUGCUAUUGCAUUGUUUGUACUUUUGCUGUUGUUGUUCACUUGCAACCUUAAUAUGGCUUGGGCCUCCUCUGGAGGUGUGAUGGGAGGGAGUUUCUUCGAUUCGGAUUCAGAGUCUUCUUCCUCAAAAUCAUACACUAGUGAUUCAGAACGUGCAAUGGUGCAUCAUUAUGAUAAUCAUGUCCCUUCUCCUGAUGCUGAGCUUGCAAAGGGAAGUCACAGCGGAGUGCCCGUGUUGUUUUUGAUCUUCAUGUUGGGUAUGUUUUUGUUUGGAUACUAUAAAGACACCAAAGGAAAUUCAGUUACUGUACUCAAGCUUCAGGUUGCGAUGUCCAGUGGGAUGGAAAGCUCAAUAAAAAAGGAUCUUACUAGGAUUGCAGAAACUGCAGAUACAUCCUCUCGGGAUGGUGUGAGCUAUCUAUUGACAGAGACAAUACAGAGUUUGGUUCGACAUCUUGGUUACUGUAUUGCAGGAUAUUCAUUUGAGGAUCUAAAGCGAAGUAAAGAGGAUGGGGAGAAAUACUAUAAUCAAUUAUCAGAUGAAGAAAGGGCGAAAUUUGAUGAAGAGACAUUACUUAAUCUGAACAAUACAGAAAAGAGAAGUACAAAAACCCAGAAUGAUAUGUUUAACAAUGAAUACUCAAUGUUUGAUGUAAAGGAGAUUAAAGAGGGAAGGAAAAUAUUUGAAGAAGAGAGACUUCUCAAUGGGUUUGGCAACGAAUACAUAGUGGAGAAGUGCUGGAGAUGAGGAAAAAAUGGUAUUUCUGUAUUUUAAUCCGAUUGGGUGGCCUUCUUCGUUACCUACAAAUGAGAAGGGACUGUUUGCAAAAAGAGUUUUGCAGCAAAAGGUUUUGUCCUUACUCUUGAUCUUGAUGAAUGGUAUAGUACUAAUAAUCAGUGUGCUUUUUUACUUUGUUGUACGAGGAAUGCUAGGUAUAUUAAAUGCAAUUAGUUAACUAGGACUGUGUUGUUGAUGACAACAUAGAGUUGUGCUGAAACUGUCCUGAUUCCGGUGAAUUUAUAAUUAAAGAUCUGGUGGCAACAACUUAAGAUAAUAAUACAUGAUGACAUUUCUCAUAAAAUGCAACGUCUCAGAAAAUGAAGCAACAAUUGCUUGCUGACAGAAGCCACAGAACACAAUAUAUAAAUUAAUAAAUGGUUGGUGUCAUGACUCUUAAACUUAUGUGUAUUAGAGUCCACGUAAAGAUCAUCACUAUUCACUAGCUUUUGAACACGUUGGAGAUCAAAAUUGAAAGAGUCUUCGGAAGAAAAAAGCGCAGACAGCCAACAGGUUCAUGGAAAACGGAGACAACCCUAGAGGGUUCAACAAGUAUGUCUGUUCCUCUGUAUUAGGUGCCACUACUGUCUCAGCUAUAUUUGGUUAUGGUACGAGCAAGUCACCUACGUGGUGAUUGCCAUUACAAGCGGGAACUACUAAGAGGUUUCAUGAAACUACGAGGGCAUGAACAGGUAAACUUUUUAUACCCCUUCUUCAUUAAUACAACUCA